UCACGUAGGAGGAUUAAGAAUUAACGUUACACGCGGAUUAUUAAAGUUUGUUUGUUUUCUUAUAAUAAGAUUAAUCGAAAUAACACAUGUUGGGAUUUAAUUUUGAAAUAUAGAACAUAAUAUAUAAACAUUAUACGUUUGGGAAUAACAAUUCAUCAAAGUAAAAUAUUUGCCCUUUGAUGUACAUGCGGUAUUAAUUACCAUACUUCAUAGCUUCAUACUAUGGGCAUACAUUCGGAAAAAAUAACUGGUAAAGGAACUACUAUAAACAUGUGAAUAAACAUAUAUACAUGUGUGGAUUUUUAUAGGUUACGUGCUUGUUUGGAUGUAAGUCAGAGUGACUUGUGACAUUUCUAUGCUUCCGAGAUGACGAGCAAAGCAAACGAGAUAGUACUGGAGUUGAUCAGACUCAUAUCGCAGCCGCCCUUCAAACGAGAGAACCAGGAGAUUGAACUCGUUCUUCCGUGGCUGUGCAAGAGAAGUCAGCUGCUACAAAACCAAACAAAAAGUGUUCUUUUGGAUAUUGUAAAGAAUUGCACAUUUCUCAGUGUUAGCAAUGAUGACGUCAUCAUUAAGCAAGGAGAGAGAGGAGACAGCUAUUUCGAGGAGUUCUGUUUCUACGUGAUACUACGAGGUUCCGCUUCAAUUUACAUCGAUCCAAGAAUGACUGGGGAGGGCACGGGUAGCGAAGACACAUUAUCCAGAACAUCGGCAAAGAAAAAGAAGAAAAAGAAGAAUCCAAAGAUGCCGGAAUCGGAAGCAUCUGUGUUAAGUGGAAUGGAAAAACCAUCUGAAGGUGACUCAGAAGACAAAACGGAUAAAGCCACAAAAGACGAGGAAGAAGAAGAAGAGGAAGAAGAAGAAGGCCCGACAAGAAAGAAACCUAUCAAAUUGCUUGCACCUCUUGAAAGAAAUAAAUAUGGAAAAUAUAUUGCAGGAUAUGGUGUUGGAAACACUUUUGGUGAAGUUGCACUGGUGAAUAGAGAUACAUUUCGUAAUGCCUCUAUCAUUGCUGACGAAGAUACUGAUUUAAUAGUCAUUGAUCAGGACCUGUUUGACAGGUCGUUAAGGGCUGAGCAAGAAGCCAGAUAUGCCGAGAUAAGAGAUUUCAUUGAAGAACACCCAUUCUUUAAAGACAUGAAUACAAAAUUCAAGAAACUGCUGGAGAUGAGCAUCAGAAAAGAGAGAUAUAUAUUUGAUACUAACAUAAUCAGGCAGGGGGACCCUGUCACUGGUCUUCAUUUCAUCCUAAGUGGAAGUGCAAAUAUCAGUAUACAGCCGAAGAAACACGUGUCACAGUAUCCACAUCUCUGGCCGUUCGAAGCUGGUGUCGACCAAAUUGCGAUUGAAUUCGAGCAUCUCAGAGAAAUGCGUCGAGCGGCAAUACUGAGAAAGUAUGAAGAUCCGUCGGUAUGGGAGACCAAACCUGAAGAACUGGUGAUCCGGCGGGAACAAGGAUAUGCGGCGAUUGAGAAAAAGAUGAAAGAGAACCAUAUCAGUCUUUGUUCAGUUCAAAAUAAAGAGGUUUUAGGAGAUAUUGAGAUGCUGGUCAAUUUAGAUACAUACAUGCAAACAGUCCGAUGUACCUCGGAUACCACAUGUUUUGUCCUAGACACGAAAAACUUUGAAAGGCUCGUCAGCAAGAAGAAUAACCCUCAAACCAUGGAUUACAUGCGGGAAUAUGUGAAAAGUAAACUAGACACCAGGAUGCAUAUGAGACAUGCAGAUCUUGUUCCCCUGAUGGGUUACCUGCAUCAAAAGUUGACAGAGCAAUCGUUGCCUCCAACCAAAAAGGUGGAACCGUUUAAGACGUCUAAAAGUAUACCGGACGUAGACGAGGAAAUGCAGCAUUUAUUACAAUAUUUCAAAGAGGGGAAAGAGGUGAUGCUAAUCAAGCCGUGUAUACCAGGUGUUGUAUAUUACCAUGAGCUGAUGCAGGAGAAGGCGAAGGCACGAGAACUUCAGAGAAAGGCGGGAGAAGCAAAGAAAGCAGGAGAUGCUAUAAAAAUAAGUUCCGUGUAUAAAAGGAAGCAGCAACGAAAACCUAGAAGCAUGCUACAGAUACGGGAGUCCCUCAAACAAAUGAUGGAAGCAGAAGUAAUAGAAAUGGAAACAAAAAAGUUUAGAAAGAAGAAACCAAAAUCUACGAAGGGAUCUCACCGCAAGAAGGAACCAAGAAUCAGUGAUCGAUCCUUAACAAAAGAUUCUCCAAAAACACUUGUUGGAUUGAUGAAUGAUAAACAAACUCAUGAUAACGACAAUAAACCUGGUUUGAUAUCGUUAAUGAAAGCUGUAGCACAGAAGAAAGAGGAUGAUGCUAGCAUUAGCACAACGCAACAAAACGGAGGUUCGAGCAUUGAAAAUAGUUUAGCUUCAAAUCCAAACUUGCCAAAGUCUACACCUCCGGUGUUUGUGACAGAAAUGGCAAAACAGUCAGACCUUAAACUGCCAGCAAUUCGUGAAGAAAAUACUCAAGAUGAAAUUAUAUUAAACAAAAAUGCAGUUUCUGAGACAAAUCAAAAUGGUACAGCUAUCGAGAAAUCAGUUGGACAUGAAACCACCAGGAACGAUAGCUUAAGGAAGGAUAUUCCUGAUGGAAAGCCACGUAAUACAGGCGAUAAACAAAGUGGUAUUGACACUAGUAUUAGUUUACCGCCAAUAAAACAAAAUCAGCACGAAGCACGCAGUGAUAUUACUGCUAGUCAUAAAGAGAUGGUACCAAAACUUCCAAAUCUGGGCGGAAGUCAGACAAGUUUAAAUCAAGGUUUAGAAAGUCAGAGGACCGAGGACGAUUCAGCAAGUACGGUUUCCUCGAGGUGGCAAACAGCAAUCACAUUUGUCAAUCAACGUGUACAGGAACGACUUACGAACGCCAUUAUGGAGGAAGAGACGUCUUAUAAGGACUUUGAAACUAGCGAGCCAUCAUUGCGCUUGCUGGAACAUAAAAUACAGGCUUUUCAUAUCAAAUAUGGAAAAGGAGACAAAACAAAGAACUUGCCACCUUUAAAGAGAUACAAGCUGGACCAACCGGAUGAGCAGACGGUACGUCCUAAGCCAGGAGGAAAGGUAUGGGUAAAGAAACAGCAGUGCAAGUUUUCAGAUACAGAAUUUGUUGUGAAAGAUCACAAACACGUGCGUUACCAGAUGGUAGAAUCUAUACCAGAGUUUGACAGGGUGCAGAAAUCACGUGUUGUUGUUCAGCAAAUAUUAAAAACUGCUGAUUAUAGGAAUAAACUGACGUAGUUGUGAUUGUAUGUUAUAUAUGUGAUGUUAUAUUGUUACAGUGCCAACUUGUAUGUGAUAUUUUUGUGAUAUUGACAUGUAUUUAAAACAAACUACAAUGAAACAGUGAGUCUAAUGUCCAGAAAAAGUAAUGGAUGCGACGUUUCUUCAAGUGAUUAUUUUGUCAUAAGGAUGUUUUACAAAAGAAACAGGCAGGGUUAUAAUAACCUUACUGGUUUACUGAAACUCAAAGGUGAAUUCAUGCAUCAGCGUUUCUGUGAUAUUGUUGUUUUAUUUUUACUUCUUUACUAUUGUAUGUAAGAUAAAUAAAAAGUAACAGCUUUUU